ACCCCAAAUUUGUGGCAGCCCACUUGAUCCCGGACAACAAUGACCGGGACAACGACAAAGCCUAUUUCUUCUUCACGGAGAAGGUGGUGGAAGCAGACAGCAAGGAGCACGCCAUCGUCAGUCGGGUGGCGCGGGUCUGCGUGAAUGAUGCUGGUGGCCAGAGGGUGCUGGUCAACAAGUGGAGUACCUUCAACAAAGCCCGGCUGGUGUGCUCCGUCCCCGGCCCCGGUGGCAUCGACACCCACUUCGAUGAGCUGGAGGAUGUCUUCUUGCUGAGGACGAAGGAUGGGAAGAGCCCGGAGAUCUACGCCCUCUUCAGCACCAUCAGCCAUGUCUUCCAGGGCUCCGCCGUCUGUGUGUACCGCAUGGCCGACAUCCGGGAGGUCUUCAACGGGCCCUUCGCCCACCGGGAGAGCCCCCACCACCAGUGGGGUGCCUACGAGGGCAGGGUGCCCUACCCAAGGCCUGGCGUGUGUCCCAGCAAGACCACCAACCAGCCCCGGCGGCAGUACGGCACCACCAAGGACUUCCCCGACGAGGUGCUGCACUUUGCCCGCGCUCACCCCCUCAUGUACAAGCCCGUGUACCCCCGGCACCGCCGGCCCCUCCUAGUGAAGACCAACCUGCCCCACCGUCUGCGCCAGCUCGUGGUGGACCGG